AUGGAUUUUUGUUUCAGAGAUCAAGAAGAGGAUUUUCACAAGAGUAUUCACAUCUAUGGUUUAUUGGUGAACAAAGAUAAGAUUCUUGUUUUGUCAUUGAGAUGUGAAGGAAAAAAAAGAAAAUAUUUACUUAACAAAAUUGGUUCUUUUUGUAUCGCACUAAGUGAGGACAAGAGCUCAAAAAUAUCUCUUUGCACGUUCAUACUUGAAACAGCAGCUGAAUCUAUGAAUGAAAAAGAACUUAAAGUGGAAGAGUAUUUGCUUCGAAGAAAGUCAAGAACAAAUAUAUCUUACACUCCACUGAAAAACAUCUCGAGCAAUUUAUUGGAUAUUAAAGAUACCUUAAAAAUACAGAUGAAUGGGAAUAACUAUCUAUCGCUUCAGAUCACUGAAAUUAUCGAUGACUGCCCCAAAAAACCAGUUUAUGAGGCCAUUGUUUCAAAUAUUGAUCAAGCUCCAAAACUUGUGGUCAAGUUGAACAGAGAUAACGACAUGAUUCUUCAUCCAGAAGGUUCUAUAUUUUUGAAAUAUAUGCACACCUAUAUUGUUGGAAAACCCAAAUGCCGUUUGCCUUUUGUUGAAGUUGCUUUGAAGGGUAUUCCUUUAAACAAAUUUAACAUGGAACAACCUUCCAUGAAGGUAAUACUAAUUAAAGGGUUGCUUAAAGAGUUAAUGGAGACUCACGAUCAGUAUAUGAUUCACAAUGAUGUUAAACCACAAAAUAUUGUAGUUAUCAAUGAAUGUACUCCAAAACUAAUUGAUUGGGAAUUGUGUGAGAUUUUUUACAGCUACGACACAGAAAAUGAGUUAUGUAUUGGAUUCCAUGAGUUGCCUUUGGAAUCAAUAUACGGUACAGACAAAUAUAAUGCUCCAGAGAAAUCCUUAGACAAACUAAUCUCACCAAAGACUGACAUUUAUUCUUUGGGACUUGUAAUCGUUGAAAUGGUAUUAGGAAAAGAAUUGAGCGAAGAGGAUAGGAAAUUAUGUACAUCACAUUCAAAGGAAUUUUGGAACUCUUUUUUUGAAAAGUCCUGCAAUCAUAUCAGAGACAAAUUAUUUAAUGCUUUACAACUCAUGUUAAAUGCGAAAAAGAAAAGAUCGACCGUCUGCUGA